UGUCAUUUGGUCGUGUCCCACCAUACAGUCACAUCAAGAUGAAACUGUUAAUCCUAUGCUGUUUGGUGGCAACGGCCUUGGCCGCACCAGCCGCUCCGAGCUUCAACCCCGCCGACGUGCAGAUCUUGCGAUACGACAAUGAAGUCAAUCCGGAUGGCUUUAGUUACGCGGUCGAGCAAUCCGACGGCUACAGGAACGAGGCCCAAGGAACGCUCGUAAAAGCCGGCGAGGAAGUGGUGUUGGCCGUCAAGGGAGUGUUCUCAUUCGUCAUCGACGGAGUCACCUAUACCGUCAACUACACGGCUGAUGAGGACGGAUAUAAGCCCACUAUUGAGCAAGGGCCUGGAGGAGCUGUUCCUCCGGGAGUCGUUGCUUCACUGCUUGGCUGAGAAACUGAACUAAAUUACGGCAUCUAUUUCACCGAUUUUAAUCUUAGGUACAAGAAUCUAAUAAAUAUAAAUCAGGUAACGUUAA